AUGGAUUUGUUAGAGAAGAAAGUGGCUUGGAGAUACUCGGAAGAGCCAUCGAUAGACCCUCUUGAGGAAAAUUCAAGAAGGUCGACUGAGACCUCAGCUGAGAUUUCUAAGCUCUCUGUAAUAACAGAGGAGGAUAAGGGUACGGCUGGUGGAACUGGUGUCCCACCAAAACCCAAGUUCUCUGGUGCACAGAGAAGAGAAUAUAAAAGGAUGAAGAGGCUCAAGGCAAAGUAUGAGACUGAGCUACCGGUUACAGCAGCUCCGGUAAGAGCCUGGGCCAGUCACGGAGCACAACAGGUCCUGGCCAGGGAACUUGACGCCUGUGGCGAAAAGGGCCUGAAGCGGCGAGGCUGGUACAAUUUCCUAUGCUCUAGCGGCUGGGGGCAGUAG